CCCAGACCCCGCGCCGCCGACCGCCGGCCCGCAGGCGACGGGCAUGCUGGCAUGGCAGGACGGCGGGGCCAAGGCGGCUCCCUCCCACCACAAGAUCUCCUUCUCGGUCCUGGACAUCCUGGACCCGCAGAAAUUCACCCGCACCGCGCUCCCGCCUGUGCACCCGGCUCCCCGGGAAGCCAGGAAAAGUUUGGCGGAGGUCGAAGCGGGGAAGGAUGCCAGCUCUGAGGACCCUGACGGACAGUUGGAGACCCCUGAUGCUGCUGGCCGAGGCGCCGGCCGGGCGUCCCCCCUGGAGGGUUCCGAGGCGGAAGAGGAGGAGGAUGCGGAGGAUCCGGGGAGGCCGCGGCGGCGCGAGCGGGCUGCGCGCCUGCUGCCGGGCCUGGCGCGCUCACCUGACGCCCCGGCGGCGGCGUUGGCGUCUGGGGAGCCCUGCGAGGAAGGCGGGGGCCGCCCUGCCGGGUCUCCGGGUUCCCCCGGCUCCCCGCGGCCCAGGCGCCGGCGCGUGGAGUCCAACUGCGCCAAGCCGCGGCGCGCGCGCACAGCCUUCACCUACGAGCAGCUGGUGGCCUUAGAGAACAAGUUCCGGGCCACGCGCUACCUGUCCGUAUGCGAGCGCCUGAACCUCGCGCUGUCGCUCAGCCUCACCGAGACGCAGGUCAAAAUCUGGUUCCAGAAUCGCAGGACCAAGUGGAAGAAGCAGAACCCGGGCGCCGACGGCGCGGCGCAGAUGGGGGGUAGUGCGCCCCAGCCAGGGGCUGCAGCGGGGAGCGGCGGCGGCGGCGCAGGGGGCAGUCCCGGCCCUCCCGGCACUGGGACUCUGCCCUUCCAGACUUUUCCCUCCUACUCCACGGCCAACGUCCUCUUCCCGGCCGCCGCCUCCUUCCCGCUGACGGCCGCCACCCCCGGGAGCCCUUUCGCGCCGUUCCUCGGGCCUUCCUACCUGACCCCCUUCUACGCCCCGCACCUAUGAAUCCGGAGCCUCCGGCCCAUCAUUGGCAUCGUCGUGUGCCCUCGGCUCCUCCACCUAGGUGCUAGUGCGCGGGUGUCAGCGCGCUCCUUCCCUGUCAGCAGCCGGAGACGCCGCACCCCUGCCCGCCGCGUGCACCCGCGAUGCUGGCGGGCAACCAAGGGGUCAGGGAUCCGCCCCCGAAGACUCGGGGGACCGAGACUGACCUCAAACCUUGCCGUUUCUGGACCUUGCUGUUCACUUUGGGUCAGGUUUAAUUCAGUUCAGGGGCUAUGUUUUGAGGGUCUGGAUGGAGGUUCAGUUCAGGGCUAACUAACAAAGAUUACGGGAGGGAAACACCGGGAGCAGCGACGCCUUGGCCGCCAGCUGCUGGCAGCUAGGAUGGAAGCUUCAAUGGUGCUGCCUCACCCGAGGGUGAGGAGCAGUCUCUGUUCACAGCUGGUGGCUUCCCUUCCUCAUGUGUGAUAGUUCAGCCCAUACCCAGAGACUUCUUCCAAAUCCUGAACAAGGCUGGGGAGAGCUUGGUCCUGGAGCACACAUGAGCCGCUCUGAAACAGACUAUUUUUAAAAUGCAUACAACUUGGCCGGGCAUGGUGGCUCACGCCUGUAA